UUCCAAAUUCCAGCUCAGUUCCGGCGCGGAGCACCGAACGAGGCGGGCGAGCAGGGCCAAGCCGGAGGCCGGGGGAAGCAUCCAAGCCGCGGGCGAUUCGGACGAAGCGCCCCGCGUCGCCGUCGUCCUCGUUCCCUUCGUCUCCUCCCCUGGCCGAGGCUCUUUAUAUACCGGCGCCGCGGGUGGACGGGCUCCCUCCGUGUGCGGAGGCGGCGGCGGAGGAGGAGGACGACGAAGCGGUUGGGCUCGAGGUUCUUAAGAGCUUGGGGGGGGGGGAGAUGGAGUGGCUCGACGAGUACGAGAAGCUGGUGAUCCGGAUGAACACGCCGCGGGUGGUCAUCGACAAUGCUGUCUGCCCCACGGCCACGCUCGUGCAGGUCGACAGCGCCAGGAAACGAGGCGUCCUGCUCGAGGCCGUGCAGGUGCUGGCCGACCUCGACCUCUCCAUCAACAAGGCCUACAUCUCGUCCGACGGACGGUGGUUCAUGGACGUCUUCCACGUCACCGACCGCCUCGGCCGCAAGCUCACCGACGACAGCGUCAUCACCUACAUCAAGCAGUCGCUGGGGACGUGGAACGGGCCGGCGCGGCCGCCGGCGCUCGAGGGCCUGACGGCGCUGGAGCUCACGGGCGCCGACCGCACGGGGCUGCUCUCCGAGGUAUUCGCCGUGCUCGCCGACAUGGAGUGCAGCGUGGUGGAGGCCCGCGCGUGGACGCACCGGGGCCGCCUCGCCAGCGUGGCGUUCCUCCGCGGCGAGGACGCCGACGCCGGCCGCGUGCCGCGCAUCCUCGCCCGCCUCGGCCACCUCCUCCGCGGGGACCCCGCGGAGGCGCCGGGCGCGGUGGCCGCGGUGCCCGCCGCGGGCGUCGCGCACGCCGACCGCCGCCUCCACCAGCUCAUGGCCGCGGACCGGGACCGGGACGGCCGCGCGUUCCCGACGCCGGCCGUGUCCGUCGAUGGCUGGGCCGAGCGCGGGUACUCCGUGGUCACCGUGCAGUGCCGCGACCGCCCCAAGCUGCUCUUCGACGUCGUUUGCACGCUCCACGACAUGGACUACGUCGUCUUCCACGGCACCGUCGACACCGCCGGCGACCAGGCGCGCCAGGAGUUCUACGUCCGCCACGCCGACGGGAGCCCCAUCCGCUCCGAGGCCGAGAGGGAGAGGGUGUGCCAGUGCCUCCAGGCCGCCAUCGAGCGGAGAUCACUCGAGGGCGUGAGACUUGAGCUGUGCACGCCGGACCGGCCAGGGCUGCUCUCCGACGUGACGCGAACGUUCCGGGAGAACGGGCUGCUCGUAGCUCAGGCGGAGGUGUCGACCAAGGGCGACCUGGCGGCGAACGUGUUCUACGUCACCGACGCCGCCGGCAACGCGGUGGACCAGGGCGCCAUCGACGCCGUCCGGGAGAGGGUCGGCACGGACCGCCUCGUCGUGAGGGAGGAGCCCCGGCCGCAGAUCGACCAGAAGGCGGCGCCGGGCGACCGGGACCACGGCGUCGGCGGCCUGGGGCUGGUCUACCUCGGCAACCUCGUCAAGAGGAACCUCUACAACCUCGGCCUCAUCAAGUCCUGCUCGUGAGUGAGGCUGCAAACACUAUCAAAAUCCACGAACAGAGCACGGUUCACUCGGGCGGCCAUUGCUGCUUCUUUCUGCUGUCGAGGCGAUGCCAUGCCAUUGUUGUACAUAGAAGAUUCAGAACGACAAGAAGCUGCUGCGAAAGAAAAGAAGGGGUGUGGUGUCGUUGACGCGAGGUUAAGCUUCAGCUCAACCAUGUCUGAUUCAGAGAAUCAGAAGACGUUCGUCAGAUCCAGAAGCCGCGACCGACACCAGGAGUUAAAUUGGGAGCAGCAGGAUGAUGGUAGAUGAUAGCAGUAGGAAUUUCUGUAGCCAUGUACAUAGACAAAUUCGUUGCUGUCAGUACUUAGCAGUAGCGUGUAGCUGCAUUGAGUGUGGAUUCAUCAUGUCUCUGGGCGUAGGGGCCGGACGAUUUGUGUUGUGAUCUGUAAUUCUCCUGUACCCGCGCCACCGCCUCCUCAGAAACAGCAUUCUUUGGGUUCGUUAAGCUUUGCC